AGUACCUCCGAUGGUCCACAAAUACGAUGAACCCUAGUGCCUUUUCGUGUUUCUGAUUCCUCUCCUCUUUCUCGAUCAAAACCUAUUUCGAGCUCAAUGUCCAAGGCGUGGGGCGGCGUCGGCGCAUGGGCGCUCGACGCCGAGCAAGCAGAGGCCGAGGAGCGCGAGCGGAUGGCCGCGGAUAUGCCUCCACCCAACUCACUCCUCGCCGGCGAGUCCGCACAGAGCUUCCCCAGCCUUAAGGAGGCGGCUACCUCCUCCAAGCAGAAGAAAAAAAAGGGCGUCACAAUCCCCCUCGCGCAGUUCAACGCCGGCAGCUUAGGCGCUGGCACGGGCGGGCGUCGAGACGCCUUCGAGCCGAAGGGUCUCACCCCUUCCGAGAUGAGCCAACUCCCUACUGGCCCGAGGGAGCGAUCCCAGGAGGAGCUAGAACAGGGCCGCUUCGGCGGCGGGUUCCGAGGGUAUGGUGGUGGAGGUGGCGUCCGUGGGGGUUUUCCCAACCGUAGGUCUGACGAGGCGGAUGGUUCGUGGGGCGGCGACGGAGGUGGAAGGAGGGGCUACGGUGGGUUCAAUGAGGAUCAGCGGAGGGGGCCUAAUAGGGCUUCGGAUUUUGACCAGCCGUCUAGGGCUGACGAGGUCGACAACUGGGGUUCAGGAAAGAAAGCAUUUGCUCCUCAACUGACCGAGGGCGGGAGGCGGGAUUCGUAUAGCUUCGUGGGCGGUGGCAGUUCAUCUAGGGCUGAUGAAGUAGAUAACUGGGCUUCCGCAAAGAAGACACCAGCAUCUAAUUACCCUAGCUCUGGAUCUAGGUAUGGGGAUUCUCGUACCUUUUCUGAUUCUGAUCGAUGGGGUAGGGAUAGAGAAGGAUCAAUACCGAACGAUCAGAGAAGACAAAAGAUUAUUUUAGAUCCGCCAAAGAGGGAUGUUGCUGCGUCGAGUGAGCCUCCAAGAACACGACCAAGUCCGUUUGGGGCUGCGCGUCCGAGAGAGGAGAUUUUAGCAGAGAAAGGCCUGGACUGGAAGAGGUUGGACUCUGAUAUUGAGAUUAAGAAGACCAGCAGGCCUACUAGUUCACAUUCAAGCAGACCUUCUAGUGCACAAUCAAACAAGGCGGGAAGUCCACGAUCACAAUCAGUAUCUGCUGCAGCAGAAGUGACAGUGAAGUCUAGACCAAAGACGAAUCCUUUUGGGGAUGCAAAGCCACGAGAGAUUCUCUUGGAUGAGAAAGGUAUAGAUUGGAGGAAAAUCGACAAGGAUCUGGAACACCGCAGUGUGGAAAGACCUGAGACUGAUGAAGAAAAGGUGCUGAAAGAAGAAAUUGAUAAGCUGAAGGCAUUGACUAUAGAAGCUGAGUCAGACAUUAAUAGUAAGGUUGUAAAACUAUCUUCUGAAGAACUUUCUAGGCUCCACGAAGAGAUAGCCAACAAGGAAAGAGAUCUCGAACUUAUAGCAUGUCAGUUGAAUGACAAGGUUCGGUUUGGCCAAAAGGUCACAGCAAAUUCUAGACCAGGAUCUGCAGCUGGAAGGAGUGAUACAUCAUCUGCAAGACCACCAUCUCGGUCUGGCAUGUCUGAAAGUUCUAAGAGUGUUGAGUUUGUUGAUGCACCACAGUCAAUAAGUGGGACAGAGGAUGCUUGGAGAAAACCAAUGAACGAUAGGCGAGGGCUUCACGUCCGGAGAGAUAGAGGCUUCUUUGACAACAGGAAUGGGAACAGGUCCAGUGCUAGGGAGGGUUGGUGAUGUCGAUACAUUGGCUUCAGACAGUAAAAACCAGCAACGGUGUCAAUUUAUUAACUCUUCUAUCUUGUUUCAUUUUUGGUCUGCAGUUGGAGAUGAGACUUGAAUGGCGGUGGGGACUUUUUCAUCGCCUAAUUUAUUGCUGCAUUUGUGCGGUGGAAACUUUUUAUUUUUCAAUCAUGUCUUGGCAAAAACAUGGCCUAUUUUUACCAACUGUCGAAUCUCUUCAUCAUCAUUUUACUUUGUUUCUAUAAAACUGCAGCCAGUCCUUAUGAACAGAAGUUAAACACUUGUCUUGCAUGCUUUCGUGUAACUAUGUUUUGUUUUAUACAUUUGUAGUUAAGAUGAUGGACGAAUUUUAAAAAAUAGUUGCAUUUGUUAAA